AUGGCGUCAGUAAUUUAUUUUCUAGACAACAAGGGCCGACCAUUGUUGUCACGAGAUUACAAGGGCGACAUCCCUGCCCAGGCUGUGGAGCGGUUCCCGUUCCUGUUGAUCAACAAUUCGUCAAACAACGGUAGUUUCGAUGACGGCUCCACGCGGCCGGUGUUGUACGACAACGGGAUCAACUAUAUCUAUUUGAUGCACAAGAAUCUUUAUGUGUUGGCAAUGACUCGCCAUGAUACCAAUGUGUUUAAUAUAAUGUGCUAUCUGAACAAUCUCAUCAAGGUUCUUGAGAGCUAUGUGAAAUCGCUGGAGGAAGAGUCGAUCAGAGACAAUUUCUCCAUAAUAUACGAGCUGUUGGACGAGAUGAUGGAUUUUGGAAUUCCGCAGAUUACAGACACAAAGAUUUUGAAAGAAUACAUCACGCAGGAGUCGUUCACGUUGGAGAAAGUCAUUGCCACUGCCACUGGUGCCAAGGGCGGAUCAUUGUCCCAGACCAGAGCCAAGCAGCCUCCUUCCACGUUGACCAACUCGGUCAACUGGAGAUCUCCUGGAAUAUUCUACAAGAAGAACGAGGCGUAUUUGGACGUUGUCGAGUGCAUUGAUAUGCUGAUCAACGCCAAGGGCCAGAUGCUCAGUUCCGAGAUCCAUGGAGCCAUCAAGUUGAAGUCGUAUCUUUCGGGGAUGCCCGAGCUUGUUUUGGGACUGAACGAUCGGUUUUUGAACGGGGGACUUGCAUCUAUCCGUGGCGAGACCGGCGAGGCCAACGGCUCGGGAAAUGCCAACGGAUCCAAGGGGAUCGAAGUGGAGGACGUGAAGUUCCACCAAUGUGUGCGGUUGUCCAAGUUUGAAGCCGACAAGAUGGUUUCCUUCAUCCCGCCCGACGGCGAGUUCGACCUGAUGAGCUACCGUGUUCAUUCCCACACGCUUCGGCCAUUGUUCCUGAUAGACUACAAAAUGAAAAACCAUUCAAACACGAGAAUAGAGAUCAUGAUCAAAGUGAAAGCAAACUACAAAAGCAAGAUCAGCGCGAACCGGUUGGAGAUCAGAAUUCCCGUUCCCGACGACGUUGACUCACCUAAAUUCCACUACAACAAGGGCUCGAUCAAGUACAUACCGAGCGAGUCUGUGGUGCUCUGGAAGUUCAAGCGCAUUGACGGAGGCAAGGAGUACGUUAUGAUUGCCGAGCUGUUGCUCCCAUCUGUGCAUGACCUGUCCAACCUGGAGACAUUUAAGAAAAAACCAGUCAACCUGAAGUUCGAGAUGCAAGGGUUUGUGACCAGUGGGCUGCAAAUCCGGUACCUCAAGAUCAACGAGCCAAAACUUAAUUACCAAAGUUAUCCAUACGUGCGGUAUAUCACGCGAAGCGGCGAUAAUUAUAGUGUUCGUGUGAAAUAA